CUUUACGUGCUCUGGGCUCGGCUGCCGUGAGGUCCAGGUGCAGAGGCGGAGUGGUCCUCGCGGGCGCUCGGAGCCGGCCGCCUCCCUGCCUGGCCUUCAGCCUGCCGGUGCCGCGCACCCGGCCCCGGACCGCGACAGAGCGGCGCGCGCUCGGCGGGGGAGGCGUGGCCGGAGCCGGGGCGCCCGUGGGCCGGGACUGCUUGGCCGCGGCGUGGAGCCGGGCCCAGACCUCCGCCCCUCCCCCAGACCAUGUCGCCUGAAGAAUGGACUUAUCUAGUGGUUCUUCUUACCUCCAUCCCCAUCGGCUUCCUCUUUAAGAAAGCUGGACCUGGGCUGAAGAGAUGGGGGGCAGCAGCUGUGGGCCUGGGGCUCACCUUGUUCACCUGCGGCCCCCACACUUUGCAUUCUCUGAUCACCAUCCUUGGGACCUGGGCCCUCAUCCAGGCCCAGCCCUGCUCCUGCCAUGCCCUCGCCCUCGCCUGGACCUUCUCCUACCUCCUGUUCUUCCGCGCACUCAGCCUGUUGGGCCUGCCCACUCCCACGCCCUUCACCAAUGCCGUCCAGCUGCUGCUCACGCUGAAGCUGGUGAGUCUGGCCAGUGAAGUUCAGGACCUGCACUUGGCCCAGAGGAAGGAAAUGGCCUCCGGCUUCAGCAAGGGGCCCAGCCUAGGGCUCCUGCCCGACGUUCCCUCCCUGAUGGAGACGCUCAGCUACAGCUACUGCUACGUGGGAAUCAUGACAGGCCCGUUCUUCCGCUACCGCACGUACCUGGACUGGCUGGAGCAGCCGUUCCCGGGGGCCGUGCCCAGCCUGCGUCCCCUCCUGCGCCGGGCCUGGCCCGCCCCGCUCUUCGGGCUGCUCUUCCUACUAUCCUCACACCUCUUCCCGCUGGAGGCCGUGCGUGAGGACGCCUUCUACGCCCGCCCGCUGCCCGCCCGCCUCUUCUACAUGGUCCCCGUCUUCUUCGCCUUCCGCAUGCGCUUCUACGUGGCCUGGAUUGCCGCCGAGUGCGGCUGCAUUGCUGCCGGCUUCGGGGCCUACCCCGUGGCCGCCAAAGCCCGGGCCGGGGGCGGCCCCACCCUCCAAUGCCCACCCCCUAGCAGUCCGGAGGAGGCGGCUUCCCUGGAGUACGACUAUGAGACCAUCCGCAACAUCGACUGCUACGGCACUGACUUCUGCGUGCGGGUGCGGGCUGGCAUGCGGUACUGGAACAUGACGGUGCAGUGGUGGCUGGCACAGUAUAUCUACAAGAGCGCGCCCUCCCGCUCCUAUGUCUUCAGGAGCGCCUGGACCAUGUUGCUGAGCGCCUACUGGCACGGCCUGCACCCUGGCUACUACCUAAGCUUCCUGACCAUCCCGCUGUGCCUGGCGGCCGAGGACCGGCUGGAGUCAGCCCUGCGGGGGCAACUCAGCCCUGGGGCCCAGAAGGCCUGGGACUGGGUGCACUGGUUCCUGAAGAUGCGUGCCUAUGACUACAUGUGCAUGGGCUUCGUGCUGCUCUCCCUGGGAGACACACUACGGUAUUGGGCCUCCAUCUACUUCUGCAUCCACAUCCUGGCCAUGGCCGCCCUGGGGCUGGGGCUGGCUCUGGGUGGGGGCAGCCCCAGCCGGAGGAAGACAGCACCCCAGGCCACCAGCCUUGCCCCAGAAAAGCUCCGGGAGGAGUAGGGAGGAGGCGGCUGCCGCCGCGACCCUCCCUGGGCGCGUCAGCCCAGCCACCACGCUUUUGCCUGGGAAUCGCGGGCACCAGGCUGCUGUGUCUUUUCCCAGAAAGAGCUGGAUUUGGCUGAGGGCCUGGGGAGGAUUCUCAUUCCUCAGCUCUGCCCCCCCCCCCCAUGCAGCAAGGCGGGGUGCGGGGGUGCCCUCCCUGCUCCCCUGCCCUCUGCCCUGAGGGCUCAGGAGGCUGUUUUCCCUCCUGGAAAGUCAAGGUGUUGUCCAGAGGGGAAGCCCCCCCCAGCAGGGGCCCCUGGGCCACAGCGUUUCCCCGUCAAAUUCCCCUUUUCUGGCCCCACGGUGUGGGGCGGAAGCUGCCCGGAAGGUUCUGGGAGUGGGAAACCUCUCUGGAGGCCUUUGCCCGACGUUCCUAGAACAGUGUUUCAAGCCUGGCAGGGAACAUAACCCUCCCAUUUCCUAACGGGGAACCUGAAGCGCCAAGGAGCAGACCUCUGGACGUGGUUCUUGUAGCUUCCAUCGGAGCCACCUCAGCCCCAGCGCUCCUGUCCCCCUCUUGUCAUUCUCUGGCCUAAAAUAGGGCCAGAAUGUGUGAACUCCCCCAAUAAAAUGUUUCACGAAGACCA